AUGGAAGCCGACAUCAGAGCUGUCCUGCCAAACAUCGACCCGGUCGUCUCGGACUACUCGGUGGGGUAUUUGACGCACGCCUCGACGGCCUGGACCGACGAAGAAGAGCUGUCGCCGCUGACUGCGGCCGCUUCCGCCAUCACCGAGCUUUUGCUCUCGGCUUCUGGAGAGUUCGACCCCGGCAUCGAGGAAAAGGUCAAGCAGCUGGUGGAGAAAUGGGUCGGCAGGUACGCCGAAGCAAACGGCGGCCAGAGGGCAGGGCCGUCGCUGGUAAAGAGACUGGACCAAACCAUCCAAGUGAGCACACAGCGCAACAUGUCCUCAACCUUGGCCGUGGCAACUGGCGGUGUCGACCUGGAGUCUGCAAAUGCCCGCAAGGUCGAGUCCAAAGUCGAUCGCAAGAAGCUCGAAAAGGCAGAGCGCAAGAUUGCCGCCAAGCAGCAGAAAAAGACUUUCAAGACCGUCGAAUACGAAGCGUCCCGCCUGCUGGACCAGCCGCAAGACGCACAAUCCUACGAAGAGUUUUACAUGGCAGUCAAUCCCCUGCAGAUUGGAAGCUCUGGAGCCAACAAGAGCAAGGACGUCAAACUGGACAAUAUCGACGUGUCCAUAGGCGGCAACAGAAUUCUCACGGAUACCACUCUCACCCUGGCGUACGGCCAUCGCUACGGUUUGGUCGGUAACAACGGUGUCGGUAAAUCCACGCUCUUGCGCGCGCUCUCCAGGAGAGAAGUUGCCAUACCCACGCACAUUUCUAUUCUGCACGUGGAACAAGAGAUCGCCGGAGACGACACCACUGCACUGCAAGCCGUUCUCGACGCAGAUGUUUGGCGCAAAGUUCUCCUGAGAGAACAAGAUGAACUUACUGCUGCCCUGGCCGACCUGGAAGCCCGUCGUGCCCCCCUGGCCGAUACCUCCGCCGACGCCGCCAAGCUCGAUCUCGACAAGGAAGCCAAGGACGGAAAACUGGGAGAGAUUCAAGCCAAACUGGCCGAGAUGGAAUCCGACAAAGCAGAAUCGAGAGCGGCGAGUAUUCUGGCUGGUCUUGGCUUCUCGCCCGAGAGGCAACAAUUCGCCACCAAAACCUUCUCCGGUGGUUGGAGAAUGCGUCUGGCGCUUGCCCGUGCCCUGUUUUGCGAGCCCGACCUGCUUCUGCUCGACGAACCGUCCAACAUGCUGGAUGUCCCCUCCAUCACCUUCCUCUCCGGAUACCUGCAAAGCUACACCAGCACCGUGCUCGUCGUUUCUCACGACAGGGCGUUUUUGAACGAGGUAGCCACGGACAUAAUCUACCAACACUCGGAACGACUGGACUACUACCGCGGCGCCAAUUUCGACUCCUUUUACGCAACGCGCGAGGAGCGAAAGAAGAUUGCCAAGAAGGAAUACGAAACUCAAAUGGCUCAUCGAGCCCAUCUCCAAGCCUUCAUCGACAAGUUCCGCUACAACGCUGCCAAGUCUUCCGAGGCGCAGUCCCGCAUCAAGAAGCUGGAAAAGAUGCCGGUCCUGACCCCGCCCGAGUCAGAGUACAGCGUCAAGUUUACGUUUCCCGACGUGGAGAAGCUUUCACCCCCGAUCAUUCAAAUGUCCGAGGUGUCCUUUGGUUUUACCGGAGGCGAGCCUCUGCUGCGGAACGUGGACCUGGACGUCCAGCUGGAUUCUCGCAUCGGCAUCGUGGGUCCCAACGGUGCUGGCAAGACAACGAUUCUCAAGCUCCUCAUUGGCAAGCUGCAAGUAAACACCGGCAUAGUGACGGCGCAUCCUCGCCUGCGGAUAGGCUUUUUCGCCCAACACCACGUCGAUGCUCUUGACCUGAGCGUAAGCGCAGUCAGCUUCAUGGCCAAAACCUAUCCUGGAAAGACGGAUGAGGAGUACAGAAGGCAGCUGGGAGCGUUUGGCAUCACCGGCACGACCGGCCUGCAGAAGAUGGCGUUGCUUUCAGGCGGCCAAAAGUCAAGAGUAGCGUUUGCCUGCAUCGCCAUCACCAACCCUCACAUCCUCGUGCUCGACGAGCCGUCGAAUCAUCUGGAUAUCGAAGCCAUGGAUGCCCUUGCAGAAGCUCUCCAGGCUUUUCAAGGCGGCGUCCUCAUGGUAUCACACGACGUCACCAUGUUGCAGAUGGUGUGCACGUCCCUAUGGGUCUGCGACAAGGGCACGGUUGAAAAGUUUGAUGGCGACGUGCAGGCUUACAAGAAGAAGAUAUCAGCUCAAGCUGACGCAGCAGGUGUCGUCAAGGCCCAUUAG